AUGGAUGAGAGCUUGGAGGACUUGCUGGACGACAAGUUUGGCGUCUUGUCCCUGAACGUCUCGCAGUCGCCUUUGGCCUUGGGCAACUGGGUAGAUUUACUGAACUAUCUUUUAGAAAAGGCACAUCCAUUGAACAAAAGGAUUAAUCCACAGCUUUUAGAACUGAUAAGACACACGUAUGGGUCCCUCUUCACGUACUUCCCCUUGCUAGAAAACUACAGUGUCGAUUGUGCUCUUUUGGAGUACAAAUUGGGCAACGUCAAGGAAAUGCACGCAGUGUUCACUGCAGCGCUACAGAGACACAACAACUCAUCACUGCUGUUGUGGCUAGAAUAUUUGAAGCUCUGUAACGAGGUGGUGACAAACCAUAAACAGUUGUUCCGCAAGUAUGAAUUGGCAGAAUCGCAUGUUGGUCUCCAUUUCUACAGCGGAGAGUUCUGGGAAUUGUAUCUCGAACAGAUCAAACUCCGAUGCACUGGCCACCGGCGGUAUUUGGCAGUGUUGAGGAAAGUCUUGGAAGUACCGGCUUACUCGUACAGCAAAUUCUUCGCACUUUGGUUACAUGCCAUUGAUGAAAUCAAGGACGUCAAACAACUCACACUGAUGGCGCCAGAGCUGGAAAUUCACCGGAAGAUCAAAGUUAGGGUACGAGGACGCGAAAGGAAGGGUCCCCAGUUACAAGAGGGUAAAAAAGCGUUGAGGAAAUUCACAAAAGAGCUUUACAUGGUGACGCAACACCGGGUGCUGGAGAUUUACAAUUUGUUUGAAAUCAAUAUCAAGACCCAUUUUUACUGUUCUGCUGAGACGCUAAUUGAGAAAAGCGAAAUCACCGCGUGGUCGCGAUAUUUGGACUUUAGUGUGGAAAAUGGGGUGGACGAAUUGACGCAUUUGAAUUUCCAAAGAGCGUUGUUGCCCUUGGCUCACUACGAAAUGAUUUGGCUCAAAUUUGCAGCCUGGUUAAUAGAGAACUCUCAGGAUUAUUUGACGUCCAAAAACGUUUUGUCCCUGGGACUGCAAUUGUCGCACAAGAAAGCCAAGAUUCUGGAGAAACUGUGCGGGUUGCUGAUAAAAUUGGGCAAACAGGAAGAGCUAGUGUUGCUAUUCCAGCAAACGCAAGCAGCUUUUGAUGAUAAAAUAGAGGAAACGGAUGAUUUUGAAUUGUUUAUGGAUUACUUCCAGUUCACACUGUUCGUGGAGAAAUGGGGCCAUCGGGAGGCCGAGGGCGUGGCCAUGAACAUUUUGCGGAAGCGUCUAAGUUAUGGAGGGAAUAAAAAAGGUCAAGAGGAAUUGUUACAUUUAGUGUGUCAAAUGUAUGCUCGAUUCUCCAGAGAAGUCUUGGAAGAGCAGAUAUUUCGACUUAUCAUUGACGAAGACUGGUCAUACUAUCUGGACAGCGCCAAAUUCUGGUAUGAGUAUUGCAACAGGGUGUGGACCGACCAGGAAACGUCGUAUUUGGAAAACAGGAGAUAUAUCGUGCAAAAGAUCCUGCCUCUGGUAUCGAAACGAAGCGCAAACGCCAAGCAAAGCGUAAUUUCGUUUUGCGAAACGUACAUGCCAGAAGAUGUGGAUGUGUGUUACGAUACACUCGGGGGAGAUUUGCCUGCUCAACUGAUCUCGAGGUAG